UUCAAACAGGGCAAGCCAGAUGGCACUGGAGCAGAAAAAACGGCAUGUGACAGAAGGGUGCCCCAGAAAUCCGAAUUUGGUUUGGUAAAGGCCCUUGCCUGUACCUAUGGAUUUCGUAUUUUCAUCGCUGGUCUCUUCAAAAUUGUUCAUGAUGUCUGUCUUCUCUCUGGUCCCGUUUUCUUCAAGUGA